UAACAGGGCUAUCCUCCGCAGACGACCCUCUGACGAACCCAUCGACACACAGCCCAAGAAGAGGAAGGUGCCUGGACUGCCCUCUUCAGUGGUGUACCCCGCCUCAGGGGAGGAGUACAGUUCCGAUGGAGCAGGCUACCCCCCCUCCAAACCAGGCCAUGUGUACCCAUCACAGUACUACCUGAACGAGGGUAUGGUGGACUCAUGGGGUCAGCCCGGGUACCCUGGCAUCCUUCAGAACUCCCCCCACAUCGCUCAGCAAGCCCCCUUCAAUGCCGCCAACCCACAGGACAGACUGCAGAAGAGGCAGCCUCUGCCCAUCUCCCCUCAGAACUACCCACUGCAGGGCGGAGACAUGAAUGGCUACCACCCUGGCCCUUCACCCUAUGGGGUGACCAACGGAGCAGAUGGCAUUAUGGCUAACAGAGGUACUGCUCCAGGGAGCUCAGGUGAUGAGAUUGGGAAGGCGCUGGCAUCGAUUUAUCCAUCAGAGACCAACGGAGGUGGCGCCAGUUUCCCCUCAACCCCAUCCACCCCAGUGGGCUCUCCUCAAGCCAUCUCAGCCUCUCAGUGGUCGAGGUCCUCGGCCCAGGCGGCUCCAUCUCCCAGCUUUGAGGGCAACCUGCAGAAUAAAGUGGGCGAUAGUCUGGAGGAGGCACUGAAUGUGUUGCGGGGUCAUGCUGUGGGGACGCCAGGCGACCUGGCCAGCCUCCUGAACGCCGGUGGCUCCUCCACAUCCAGCCUCCUCACUCAGGCGUUCAACCUGGCUGGACGCAUGAUGCCCAGUCACCAUGACGACGGACCAGGUCUGACCCAGAGUGGCCCCCUGCAUGCCACCAAACUCUGGGGGCCCCCUGGCUCCCAGCCCGAGGGCUUUAAUGGCGGUAUGAUGCGCUCCAGCCACUCGUCCAGCAGUCUGGACAUCAAGAACGAGGACAAGGAGGAUGAUGAGAACUCCUCCCUCAAUGACAAGUCUGAUGACGAGAGGAGAGAUGGCAAACUGGCCCGCAGAUCCAGAACUCAAGCCUUCCCUCUACUCAGUAACUCCACCCAGUCAGACUCAGGAGCCGAUAACGAGGAGGAUGACGAGGACCUCCCUCCGGAGGUGAAGGUGGAGCGCGAGAAGGAGCGCCGACAGGCCAACAACCAGCGGGAGCGUCUGCGCGUGCGCGACAUCAACGAGGCCUUCAAGGAGCUGGGCCGCAUGUGUCAGAUGCAGAUGCGCCCCGGCAACGACAAGCCCCAAACCAAGCUCCUGGUUCUGCAGCAGGCCGUCCAGGUUAUCGUCAACCUGGAGCAGCAGGUCCGAGAGAGGAACUUGAACCCCAAGGCAGCCUGCCUGAAGCGUCGAGAGGAGGAGACCCUGGCACACAUGUGA